AUGUACUCAGCAUUUCCAAGGUCUUUGGUGUUAUCCAGGGGACCUCUACUAAGCCGCAGUGUGCUUAGAACUACUACACCUUUGCUUUUUCGCUGCUACUCUUCUGACCCAUUUCCAAUCAAACAAACGCAAACUAAUAAAGAUGGGAAGCCCGCAUCCAGGCUUGGAAGACUAGCCAAGUACGUCCAAUCGCAGUACUUCCAGGACAAAACCAUGCCCAGAAUAUACCUCAGUGCCAUAUUAUUGUCAUUCAUUCCAUUGUACUUUUACAUGCGAGAUCGUUUCUAUGAAGACAAACAGCUUAAAGUAAUCCGUGAAAAGUAUGCCAACGACCCUAAAUCGUUGAGCGAGUAUGAGUACCUAGCUUUGAAGUCGUUGAGCCAGACAGACAAACUUAGACCAUUGGAGCAGAAAAAAUACAAGAUUUACCAACUCAUGAGGAAAGAAUUUAGACGCAAGAAUUUUAUGUCGGGUGAGAUGUUCAACCCGACUCCGGAAGAAUUGGAUGAAUGGUACCUGAGACAAGCUAGGUUUAGCGGAAAGAAGAAGAAAAGUGCACCAGUCUUGAAAGAUGUUCUGGAGGAAUACAAAGUCAAUCUUGAUAAUUCAUCCAUUGCUGCAGCUGAAGACACGACUGAUUUUUACGACUCAAAGGCACAGGAAUACGAUGAUGCUGUCAAAUGGGAAGAACGUGGUAUUUUUAUGGGUAUUAGAAGAAGAUGGUUGAUGUCGCACGUAAAAGGUGACGUUUUGGAGGUAUCUUGUGGAACUGGUAGAAACAUCCCUUAUUUGUCUUCGUAUAUCGAGAAGAUCAGAUCAAUCACUUUUCUUGACUCGUCAAAGAAUAUGGUUGAGUUGACAAAGGAGAAAUUUGAAAAAGCUUUUCCUAAUUUUAAAAGGGUUGCAUUCACGCAGGGUAAGGCGGAAGAUUUAUUAAAGAUGGCGCCCGAUGACAACUCUUUGAAAUACGAUACGGUCGUCGAAGCAUUUGGUUUGUGCUGCCACGAGGAUCCCGUGCAGGUUUUGCGAAACAUGUCCAAGUUGCUUAAGCCAGGAGGAAGGAUCAUUUUACUAGAGCACGGAAGAUCAAAGUGGGAUUUCAUUAAUAAUCAUUUAGAUUUCAGAUCCGAAAAGAGAAUGAAGAAAUGGAAGUGUAGAUGGAAUCUCGAUAUUGGUGAAUUGGUUGAUGAAGCUAAUUUAGAUAUUACUUUGGAAAAACGGGCUCAUUUGAGCACUACUUGGAUGUUAGUGUUGAAACGUCCAGAAGACCCCAUCAAUAUGGAUGAGAAGCCGUUCUUGGACAAGUUGUUUGGAAGAGAAAGCAAAUCUUUUAGAAAAUAA